UGCCAUAAAGUAAGCCUGGGGAGCUCAACAUGUAUUAACAGUUAAGUGCAAGCAACCGCGUACAACCAACAAAACACUACAUUUCCCUGCUUCACUGUCAUUGACUCAAGCGGAAAAAAUACAUUACGGGGAGGGAGCGAGGAUUCUGUAGUUGAUUCUGAAGAUUUAACUAGCGGAUAGCCAAGCAUUUAACUACAGUACCCAUGUCACAGUCAUUCCUAAUGUAUCGCGUCGACUAUCCGGGGAUAUCACACCACUGCUACUUCUCUCAGUCUAUCUCACUCUCUCUCUGUGUCAACGGAUUGACAUAGCUAGCUAGUAGAGUAGAAAACAAGCCAAAAGAAAACAUCUCAAGCCGAAAAUGGCAGAGCUUGGAGUGGGGAGUCUUCUGUUGGGGGAUCCUACGUGUAAUUACCAAGAACACGAGUUAAAUGAACGACUGAAGCGCCUCUAUCCUGCCGUUAAUGAGGAAGAGACACCACUACCCCGAUCUUGGAGCCCCAAGGAUAAAUACAGCUACAUCGGUCUCUCGCAGAACAAUCUUCGGGUGCAUUACAAAGGUGCUGCCAGGAUGGGUCCCAGGCAGAUAUCACUUCCACCUGGUCAUGGGAAGAAUCACAAGGAUGCUGCGUCUGUGCGUGCCACUCACCCCAUACCAGCUGCCUGUGGGAUCUACUACUUCGAAGUCAAGAUUGUCAGCAAGGGCAGGGAUGGGUACAUGGGGAUCGGUCUUUCUGCUCAGGGGGUCAACAUGAACAGACUGCCUGGUUGGGACAAGCACUCAUAUGGUUACCAUGGAGACGACGGACACUCCUUCUGCUCUUCAGGGACUGGCCAACCAUAUGGCCCAACCUUCACCACAGGCGAUGUGAUUGGCUGUUGUGUGAACCUAAUUAACAACACCUGUUUCUACACCAAGAAUGGCAUCAGUCUAGGUGUAGCCUUUACAGACCUCCCUCCCAACCUGUACCCCACGGUGGGCCUGCAGACUCCUGGAGAGAUAGUGGAUGCUAACUUUGGCCAGCAGCCCUUUGUGUUUGACAUUGAGGACUAUAUGAGCGAAUGGAGGGCUAAGAUCCACGGAAUGAUCGCCCGCUUCCCAAUUGGAGAAAGACUUGGGGAGUGGCAGGCAGUGCUGCAGAAUAUGGUGUCCACCUACCUGGUGCAUCAUGGGUACUGUGCCACAGCCACAGCCUUCGCCAGGGCUACAGAGACAUUGAUCCAGGAGGAUCACUCAUCAAUAAAGAACCGACAGAGAAUACAGAAACUGGUAUUGGCAGGACGGGUUGGAGAGGCCAUAGAAGCCACACAGCAGCUGUACCCCGGGCUCCUAGAACACAAUCCCAAUUUACUCUUCAUGUUGAAGUGUCGGCAGUUUGUGGAGAUGGUGAAUGGUACAGACAGUGAGGUACGAUGCUUUAGUGUCCGCUCCCCCAAGUCCCAGGACAGCUACCCUGGUUCCCCCAGCCUGAGCCCCCGCCAUGGAGCCACCAACCCCCAUCUGCACAGCGCAGGAGUAGACAGUCCCACAUGCAGUAAUGGGGUCACUCCUAACAAGAACAAGAGCCACAACAAGUACCCCGGAAUCAGCUCUGCCUCCUCCUCCUCCUCUUCCUCCCCCUCCUCGGUCAAUUACUCAGAGUCCAACUCCACGGACUCCACCAAGUCCCAGCCUCACAGUGGCACCAGCAACCAGGAGACCAGGUGUGUGACAAGGCAAGACCCCGGUGACAGCGAGAUGGAGAUUGAGGCGGAGCACUACACUAACGGGGUGGCGGAGAACUCCUCCGCUCGGAUCAUGAACGGCACCUACAAGCACCAGGAGAUCCUGCAGGCGGAGGAGAGCAGCCUGGGUAACGGGGUGGCAGAGGACAGCUGUGCCUCCAGACAGCUUUGCGGGGGAAACCAGGCGGCCACAGAGAGGAUGAUCCAGUUUGGCCGCGAGCUGCAGGCCCUCAAUGAGCAGCUGUGCCGGGAGUACGGCAAGAACGCCACGCACAAGAAGAUGCUACAGGAUGCAUUCAGUCUGUUGGCGUAUUCGGAUCCCUGGAACUGCCCAGUGGGGCAACAGCUGGACCCGAUGCAGAGAGAAAAUAUCUGCUCUGCUCUCAACAGCGCCAUUUUGGAGUCCCAGAACUUGCCCAAGCAGCCCCCACUAAUGCUGGCUUUGGGUCAAGCCACAGAGUGUGUCCAGCUCAUGGCCAGGGUCCGUUCAGGCUCCUGUUCCUUCGCCAGAGUAGACAACUUUUUGCACUAGCCCCAGUCCAGGCAGUGUUGUCAGGACCGCUAAGAAGAGGACUUUCCAAUGGGUUGCCAGAUGACUGAGGAGAGCAUGUGUUUGAAUUGACGUGUCGCUUGCCAUUUGUCCGUAGCAGAUGGGCAGGGAGAUGGGUAGAACGUGAAAAGAAAGCUUCUUUUUAAUUUAGUAUUAUCAAAUACAAUGUGUGACACUAUUUAAAUAUAAUUAUUAUUCAGUUUAUCUAGUCAUUUUCUAGUUUUUAUUUGGUCAGCUUGUUGUGCUCAUCUUGAGAAAAAAAAAAUCCCUACGCAGUAUUUUAAAGAUGUUCAUCAUAUCAAAGAAAUUCACACUGGCAUGCUUUGUCGUUACCAAUACCAAGAAAGAUACUCUGGUUUCUCUCAUCCAGAACUCAGGUAUUUACUAGACAUUUGUCAUGUCACUAUGGGAUACUGUAGGCAGAGGUAUGUUUAACCAGCAGUACAGUGGCUCCGAAUAGGGACCAGACUUUCUUGGUUGAAAUUCUUACUUCUUAGGAUGCCUUAGUAUGCCUGAUCCAGAAACUGAUUUAAUUGAAAGUGAGUUGUCUGAAAUGUGUUCUUAGAGGACUCAUGGCUAAAACCCACCAACCUGCUGGUCAUCCUAGAGCCCCACACGGUAGCUUUGACCUCAAAUCACACAAUGACCACACAGAUUCAUUCAUGAGUUUCAAUAUCAGUGUGUUAUAUUUCCAAUCAAGUGUCUCCACUAGUUUGUUGUGUUACAUAGAGUAACAAUACACGUGUAUACAGUCAUGUGGGACAUUUUGAAUUUGGAAAUCUCUCCCUGUUUUUUUUUACUUGCUCAUUAUACUGAGGAUACUUUCAUAAAGUUACAUGUUGAAUACAUACAAUUAUAUUAACUGCGGAACCCACUUUUUCUGGAUCGCACAGGGAACAGAUCACAGGUUAAUGAUACUCAUGUAGAUCAAAGCUUAAUAAAUUUUUACAAGAUGUUUCACAGUUUUCUACAUGGCAGAAAUAUAGAAUAGAGUAACGUUUCUCUGAGAAAAAAAAAACACCUUUUCCUCUAUAGGUUGGCCAUGCUAAAGUAUGGUAAUACCAUCAACUGUCACAUGGGCUCACUGUUGGCCUGCGUCAUCAAGUCAUUCAUGUUUACAGUGGUGACUCAUGAACACAUCACUGCUACUUUAAAACAAGCCAUGAAGAUCUGAAUGCACAAACCUAUGAUCUGGAUCAAAAUCCAGUGGUUUUACAGAAUAAUGCUCUUCAGAUUUUUCAGCUAUACAAUUUGAAGUAUGUUCAUUCACAAUUGAAUGCCUUGAUAUAGCCUGACAGUGAGGUUUUACUUUGCUGUCAUAUGGUUCUAUUAUGUACAACACUGUGAUCGUUAGGAGGUCUUGCAGACAUUGAUUCAGCUUUGAUCCAUCUUAACUGAUCAAUGAGUACCAUUCACUAAAGUAUUUUGUUUUCACUGCCAGUAGAGACACGGAACAUGCACAGAACAGGGUGUGCGCCAAAAACGAUUGGAUCUGCAAAUGAAGUGAUGAUACUGAAAAGUGAAGUGUAUGCCAAAUGGAAGGAUUUUAAUUUGACCUCCCUUUUUAUUAACCAUUGGUACUUGACAGUUGCCACACUUUCAAUCAGUCCAUUCAUACUAGAGCUUUGGCUUUUUCUCUCUUUCCUGCAAUUCAAUUUCUCUCAACUCCAAACACCCACUCAGCCGAACUUUUUGGCCACAACUUUGUUCCUUUUUUGUUUUUGACUGUUCAAUGUACUCACAGUUGUAUGUGUUUUGGUCUUUUUCAUUACAGUUUGUAGUCUAUAUUUAACAGAUAUUCUGACAUGAGACCGUUGUCAGUUAUGUCAGUAUUUCACCCAGCCACCUUACAGGAGGCACUCCACUGUGUUGAAUCAUUGAAUGUAGUUUAGCACAUUAUAUUAUGUUUAAGCUUCAGAUUUGCUGCUGGCCACCAUGAGAUUGAUAUUGACAUCCCCUUCAUCUGUUAGACAUAUUGCAAUGCAACUAACCUUUUUGACAAUCCUGCAAGCAUGUUUGAAGCAAAGGGAUGGUGGGAGUAGAAAUCAUCCAUUUCUUUGUUAUUAGUGUUUGGUAGACUUAAACACUGUGUACACGCGCCGUUUUGAUUUACAUCUUUUAUCUGCAUCAUGUGCUAUUACUUACUAUGUGAAAACAAGAACAAAUACCUCCUUAAUUACGUGGGUCCUCAAUUGUAUUACAGUCGGAAGCAAAAGAAGGGGCCUCAUGACUUCAUCCUGAAACCUGUGAAAGACAUCUGACAUUAGGGCACACUGUCUUUCAAACAUACCUGUACACGCCAUAACCUGUGUCGGAUGAACAUUUAUUUUAACUCAUGUUGCUCAGUUAAAUUAAAUAUCUAGGUGGCGCUAUCCAUUCGCAUGGGUGUUCACUAAACAGUUACUGGUUAUUCAGAACACACAGUCAUAGGCUUUCAAUAUUGAAAGCAGCCAGCAGGUAUUGAUAAUAGCUUAUGACAUUAUAGAAAAUUGUGUAUCUCUUGAUUGCUUUCAAAAAACGGCAAAUGGCUUUUUGAACUCAUCAUAGUAUAGCCACCCAAAAUGUAUAUUUCCAUUUUAAGAGAAGUACUUAUCCAGUAGAAUUCUUUACUUGAUAAUGUAUAGGGAGGUGUUGUGGAUGAAGGAAUCUGUUGGGCUAUCCUUUACAUUUUAUAGACACACCUACACCUACUGUAGCAAACAACACCCAGUUCUCCUUUUAUGUUUUACAUUGUCCUUUGGAGCAAUUGUUGCUUCAAGUGGAGAGGCAAAAGUAAUGGAAUUAGGAAUAAAAAACAACAAGCUGUGCACAAUUUACUUCUAUUAUGAUUUUAAUUUCAUAUUGAGUUUUGAGUUUAGCAAUUGUGAGUUACCCUCUACUUAGCAUGAAACUUCAAAAAAAACAUUCAAAACAUAAAAAAAAAAAGUAAAAUUAUAAUUACAAAAACAUACCUAUGUACUGGAAACAUGAUAAAGAAAUAUUGUAUUCUGUUUAAUUUUGACAGAAUUAUUUUUAUUAAAAUACACAUCCAUGAGCAUA